GGGGUCUCGGCUGAGGUGAAGGGAUCCUCGCCCCCAAAUCUUGAAGGCCUCUCUGAGCUGCUGCAGGGGGCCCUGCUGAGGAAGGAGUUUCUGGGGGAUGAACUGAUGGAGGAGCCCAUCCCUGGAGGUAGCCCGUCCACCCUGCCCCCGUUCCACCCUCCCAUCCAGCACCUAGAUGGCGGGAUGGUCCCCGAGACCUCUGAAGCCACGGCCACCGGCCCGUCCCCUCUGACCACCGCAGCGCCUCCCACGGGCUUCCUUCUCACCACCCCACCAGCCUCCACGGCUGCUGCUCCUCCACGCCUCCCGCCGCCGCCGGAUGAGGCCGGUUCUACCGGCCAGCACAUUUCUGCCACUACGACAGCCUUCAUCCCCGAAGGCGAUGAAGAGACCACGACCACCCUGAUCACCACCACAACCAUCACAACAGUGCACACGCCUGUACUUUGCAACAAUAAUAUCACCGAUGUGGAGGGCUAUGUUGAAUCUCCGGAUUACGCUGGUGCCACCUUCUAUGGAGGCCUGGAUUGUACCUAUACUAUCUCCGUUUACAUGGGGUAUGGGAUAGAAGUACAGGUGCAAAGCCUGAAUCUGUCCAAAGAGGACUCCUUAACCGUGGAAGGCCUAGGACUAGAGAAGCCCGUGGUCUUGGCCAACGAGUCCCUGAUGGUCGAGGGACAGGUGAUUCGCAGUCCUACCAACCAAGUCUUGAUUCACUUUCAGAGCUACCACACCACCACCCCUGGAGUCUUCAAAUUCCACUAUCAAGCAUUUUUGCUUAGCUGUGGCUUUCCCAGCCGGCCAGAAAACGGCGAUGUCAUGGUAACCGACCUCCAUCCCGGAGGGUCCGCCACUUUUAAGUGCGAGUCGGGCUUCCACUUGCGAGGAGAGGAGACCCUCAUCUGCCUCAAUGUCAGCCGCCCUCGCUGGAGUGGCACCAGCCCCACAUGUGUGGCUUCCUGUGGAGGGACCAUUCACAAUGCCACUCGUGGGCGUAUUGUGGCUCCUGAGGCGCCGGGUGGGCCUCACGGUCGGAACCUGACCUGCCGUUGGCUGGUGGAGGCACCUGAGGGACAGCGGCUCCACCUGCACUUUGAACGAGUGGCCUUGGAUGAGGAUAAUGACAAACUGAUGAUCCGAAGUGGGAGCAGCGCAUUCUCCCCUAUCACCUACGACUCCGACAUGGACGAUGUCCCGGAACGGGGGCUGCUGAGCGAUGCCCAGUCUCUCAUUGUGGAGCUGACCAGCGAGGGUCCCGCCACACCCCUCAUCCUCAGCUUGCGCUAUGAAGCUUUCGACGAAGACCGAUGCUAUGAGCCGUUCCUGGCGCACGGAAAUUUCAGCACGUCGGACCCGCUGUAUCGCGUGGGGACCGUGGUCGAGUUCGCCUGCAGCGCUGGAUACAUGCUGGAACAAGGGCCGUCUGCCAUCGAGUGCGUGGAUUCGAGAGACCCUCGCUGGAACGAAAGUGAGCCUACCUGCAAAGCGUUGUGUGGGGGGGAGCUCUCUGAGCCCACCGGAGUGGUCCUCUCGCCCGACUGGCCCCAGUCCUACGGGAAAGGCCAAGACUGCGUUUGGGGAAUCCGGGUGCAGGAGGAGAAGCGGGUGCUGCUGGACAUCGAGAUCCUCAACAUCCGCAAGUCAGACGUGCUGACCAUCUUCGAUGGGGGGGACUUAACGGCUCGGAUUCUUGGCCAGUACUUGGGGCCCCACCCCCGCUUCAGCCUUUAUUCUUCAGGCCCAGCAGUCACCCUCCAGUUUCAGUCCGAUCCGGGGGACCCCCUCUUCGGACUCAGCCAGGGAUUCCUGGUGCGGUACAAGGAGGUUCCACGGAAUGACACUUGCCCCGACUUGCCGGAAGUGGAGUUUGGCUGGCGCACCGCUUCUCAUGCUGCUGUUAUCCGAGGCACGGUUGUGACUUACCAGUGUGAGCCCGGCUACGACAUAGUGGGGUCUGACAUCCUGACCUGCCAAUGGGACCUGUCUUGGAGCAACAGCCCUCCCACUUGCCAGAAGAUUGUGAACUGCGCAGAUCCUGGAGAAAUCAGCAACGGCAAGCGCAGCGUCUCGGACCGACGCUUCUCCAUCGGCUCCCACGUCCAGUAUUUCUGUCACGAGGGCUAUAUAGUGGAAGGGAGCAGCACACUGACUUGCUACAACCGGGACACGGGCACCCCCAAGUGGAGCGACCGCGUGCCCAAGUGUGUCUUGAAAUACGAGCCCUGCCUGAACCCUGGUGUCCCGGACAACGGGUACCAAACACUGUACAAGCACCACUACCAGGCAGGUGAAUCCCUGCGCUUCUUCUGCUACGAGGGCUUCGAGCUCAUUGGCGAGGUCACCAUCACCUGCAUACCAGGGCAUCCGUCCCAGUGGACCAGUCAGCCGCCGCUCUGCAAAGUUACCCAGACGACAGACCCUUCCCACCAGAUGGAAGGCGGCAACAUCGCCCUGGCGAUCUUCCUCCCCAUCAUUCUUGCCAUCCUCCUGAUCGGUGGCAUCUAUGUCUACUACACCAAGUUCCAGGGAAAAUCUCUCUUUGGUUUCUCCUUCUCCAGCUCCCACAGCUACAGUCCCAUCACCGUGGAGUCUGAUUUUAACAACCCUCUCUACGAGGCUGGGGACACCAGAGAAUAUGAAGUCUCCAUCUAGAAGCUAUUAAAGAAUCUGCAUUCUUUCCCCAUCCCAAGCGAGUCUGAGGAGCAGUGACUGAGAACGAUUCCUAUUUAGGAGGGAAUAGUGGGAAGGCGGUUUGGGGGGAG